AGUUUUUUGUAGAAGGAACGCUGGGAACCUGGCUUGUCGGAGUGGGAUUGUCUACAUUUGCGCUUCAAUGGAGACAAGCGAUGGCAGCGUGUCGCAGCGAGUGAAGGAGGAAUCUGAGUGGCACAGUGAAGGGGAACACAUAUUCGAAAUAAAGGUGGAAGAGACUUUGGUGGAACAGAGAGCAAGCCCGUGCAGCGACACGCGGAGCCCGGCGCGUGACUACGACCCUCUAGCGGCGUCAGGGCGACCUUACGAUGUUUCAAACUCGUCGUCAGUCACGCAGCAGACCAAACGGGACACAGAAGAGACUCACCCGGGCGGCACUGGCGACCGACAAACCGACAACGACGAAGACUACAACUGUGACACCUGUGGCAAAACAUUCCAACAAAAACAUGAUUUAAUUCAGCACCUAAAAAAAGCCGCCACUGAAUGUAUACCUAUAGAAAACUAUACAUAUUCGGAAAUCAAACAAAAACAACCUACAGGAAAUAAGGCAUUUUGGUGCGAAAUAUGCGAGAAACAAUUUCGAGAUUCCAGCGACAUAGCGCGGCAUAGGCGAAUCCACACUGGUGAGAAACCGUACGCGUGCGAAGUAUGCAAAAAACAAUUUGCACAGCUAAGUGUUUUGAACAGACAUAAACGAAUUCAUACAAAUGAGAAACCCUUUCAGUGUGACGAUUGUGAGAAACAGUUUAGGACUUCAAGUGACUUAGGUAAGCAUAGAAGAAUCCACGUGUGUGCAAAAAAAUUUAACUGCGAUUUUUGUAAAAAAGAAUUUUGGGACGUGAAUAGUUUGGCGAACCAUAGACGUAUGCAUGAGAGCAAAAUGCUUUUCUCCUGCGAGGUAUGCAAGAAACAGUUUGCAGUGUUGAAAUAUUUGAAGAAACAUGAGAAAAGAAUUCAUCGAAUUUAAACUGUUGUGAAACAUACUAACAUUGAAUAAUUUUACGGUUUAGACUCACUUGUUUUUAGUCACUCGCGCGACAUGUUUCGGAGAGCCUAGGUCUCCUUUCUCAAGCACUGACAGUGCCAUGUCGAGCGAGUGACUAAAAACAAGUGAGUAAAAAACGUAAACUUAUUCAAAAGAAUUCAUCGUUGACGGGUAAGCUGAAGGACUAAAGGAAUGUGUAUAAGCUAGCCCACUGUACUGUAGCGCACGAUUACGUAACAACAUUACGAUACAAGUGCGUAAAGUAGGAAAUUCGUAACAAGUGGCGAUAAAUUGAAACACGACCCAAGGGAGUGUUUUAAAUCGACACGAGUUGCCAAUUACCUUUUCGCACGUGUAUUGUACGUUUUACAGCACAUAUGGCCCUUUAAAUUUUCGACUUGGGCACGUAUUGUGCUGAUUACCGCACUAGGGCAGUAAAGUAGGACCAUAUGUACUGUAAAGUAUAAUGCUUGUUUGUCCUUGUCAGUCUCACAUUUUUUUUUAUUCCCCACCGUAAAUUUAGUAUGGAUAAUGGUGGGCAACAAAUAAAUUCGACCAAUCAUAGUGUCGCAUUGUGUAUGUGUUGUCCCUCACGGAGGCACGCGUAUAGCACAUCUAUAGGAUACUACCAUCUAUGUUUAUACUUUGUAAUUAUUUCUAAGCAGUG